CUUUGUUUCACCUUUUUCUUUUUUCCACUUUUGAUGAGUACUUUUGUGAUUUGUGGUAGAAGCAAUCGAUGUCGAGGUUUGUUGUUCCGUGACGGGGAUCCUAUUUCGCGUGAUCUUUUAUUUUGGUUUUUGUAUCGGAUUAAGAUGAUCCGAUGGAGGGAUUCUAGGGUUUCUUUUAAUUUCUUAUCAGACGAUGUGUGUUCCACUCCCACCACCCGUUAGAUUAGCAUAAUUGGUGAUUCAGGUCCAAUAAGAAUUGGGACUCCCACCACAGGGAAUGUGUCCCACUCUCUCAUAAUGGCACAUUUGUGCAUUGUGAGCCUGAAUUUAAGAUAUGGAGAAGGAUAUUUUUAGGUUCUUUAUAGAAAUUAUGUUCCAGUUAAUAAAUUCAAUUUUUAUAUAUAUUUGUUUGACAGAAGAAUUGAGCCCUCUGGGCAUUGAUCCAGUAGCGUUCAAAAUAUUCAACUAUAGUAACUUAUGUUCUGUAAAAGAUGGUUUCAGUAACAAAUCUGGGUAUCAGGAAGCUUCAUGAACUAAUGCAUUUAUGAACUUUAUCUGUACUGCUGUAUUCUGAUAUAGGGUAUUUCAUCUUUUAGAGUAUGCAUAAUAAUCAGAUUGUUAAACAUAGUAAUGAGAUUCUACUAAUCAUAUAGUUGUAUUUGAUUAGCCAUUGGUUACAUGUAGUACAUUACAUUGACAUUUAACUACUAUAUUGAAGUUAUAUAAGAUUAAAAAAAUGGCACUACCCUUUUUCCUUUUGGAUCUUUAAUUUUGACAUAGGAUUUUCUUUCAUACUUUGUCAUGAUGUAUGAAAAUAACAGGUAAUCUUUUUUUUUAAAAUAAUAGGCUAUAAUUAAAAGCCAUUUGAGAGUCCGUGGGCUUAACAAUAAAAACUCUGCCUCAUGAUCUUUACUGCAGCUAGACAAACUUCUCUUUAUUAUUCGCUUUGAUAUUCACUCAUUUGUUGUGUAAUUGUUGUUUGAUGUCUAUUUGUUACUUUAUUUCUUAGAAAUGAGUUCGAUAUUAUGGAUUUAGGCUAACUUUGCAAUGUAUUUUAUUUACUUUGUAUUGACCCCAUAUUGUGCACUUGUUUCAUGCAUGUUUGAAAGUUAGAUGGAUAAAAGUUAAGGAAUAUAUUGAUAGGUUUAAUGAUUUUCUUAAUUUUGCAAUUGAAGUUGCUAUAUCUAGUCAAUGGUGGCUCUAAAGAAAGCCACAACACAUAGCUGUUAACAGUAAUAUUGAAUGCGGCAAAAGAAGUCACUAAUUAGUGGAUUUUUUGAAGCAGGCAUGUUUAGUUAGUAGUAGCUUAAUAAAAGCGACAAUAAACAUCUACUGUCAGCUUUGCUGAAAGCCAUAAAAAUCAUGAAAUAGUGGCUUUAUUUAAGCUUCUGUUGGUCUAUCUACUGGCGGCUUAUUGUGAAAGCAGGAAAAAAGAAAAAGGGUGAAAUAGUGGCUUUCGAAAAGCCGUGAUGGGGUACCAACAGUGCCUUUUCUAUUUGCCGUAAUAUCUGCCCAUAUUUAUCCCAACAUGCCUUUUGCUGACUUUUAUUGCGGCUUUUUUAGUAAGCAUCCCUUGUUAUGGCUGCUUAUAAAAAGCUGUGUGGGUACUCUCAAACUGGGCCGGCUUUGAUUCAAAAUGUUGUAGUGCAAGCAUCGUUUUCCAUGGUGACUUGCUUAUUCCAAGCUGUUAUUGCUUGGAUUUACUUGCUCUUGGCUACAAUAUAAGCGGUCUAACUUUUAACAGUAAAUAGAGCUUUUGCUAAAAAUUUGGCAUUCUAUUUUCCCAUUCUUCAAAUGACCCAACUUUUUCUUGGAAAUGUGAUGUUAAGCUGUGUUUUCUCAAACAUAUGAUAUAUGAACAGGUUAUUGUAUUGAGAUAAAUAUUUUUUUGUUUUUGGGUAUUCAUUAAUAUCCCAUUCCCGGUACCUUUUGAAAGCCUACUAGUUUUGUGAGUUUUCAUCGCAAGUUUAUAGCUGACUCAUUUAGGAUAUUUCCUAGACUUUAUAACAUCUGUUGAUUUUUUUUUUAUUUCGGUAGGUUUAUGUGUAUACUAAACAAAAAGUAACAUUAGUUCUUGGUGGUUGAGGAAAAUAAACAUUUGCUGAUGCCCAGUUCGAUUUUUAUUUUUCUUUAAGAAUGGAUUUUUUUUCUUACAAUGUGAUUUUGGUCCUCUGCAUGGUAUAUGCAAUUUGUUCUCAAGAGAUCGUCCUUAUCUUUGCGAGUUAUUGUGUUAGCUCUUCAAAAUUGGCAUUGCUGCUAAUUUGUCCUUUUUCAUGUCUUCCUUUGCCAUCUAUCGGAAAAACAUAUUACUUUGUUCUCUCAAUCUAAGGAGGAGGAGGAUAUCCCUAAGUCUAAGGAGGAGAAGGAAGAGAAGGAGAAAUCUUUACCCUUUUUAUAGUUAGUUUACAUUCUUUCCAAUGGAGGAGAUUCCUAUAAGUGUGCACAAAGUAUGCAUUAGCCCGAAAACUAGGCCUUUCGAGCAUAUACCGUCUAAUUCCGGACCGCCAAGUUUGAAUAAAAAUCUUAUUAUACCUACUCCGUCACCGAUUGACUCUCAAAUGCAAUAUACCCUAGGAGAUGAUCCUACGGUGGGAAUGUCUUUUAGCAAUGAAGAAGAGGCCUACCAAUUCUACAAUGCAUAUGCUAGAAAAGUUGGGUUUAGUAUUCGAAAAAGUCAUACCAAAAGGAGGAGCGACAAAAGUUUGCGACACAAGUUAUUUGUGUGCAGUAAGGAAGGGCAAACAAUAGUCGAACCAACUGCGAAAGAUCAUAAAAGCCGUGCAAAUCGUAGAGAAGGAUGCUUAGCUCGUGUUGGGUUUACUAUAAAUAGAGGAAAUGUUUGGACUAUUCAAAAGGUGAUAUUGGAUCAUACCCAUGCAUGUGCUAGUCCGACUAAAAGACACAUGCUUCGGUCGCAAAGAAAAAUAACACCAGCACAGCGUGUUUUGAUUGAUCAAAUGAAUAGUGCCGGGAUUAAACCUUCUCGAGUAUGCAAUUUCUUUCAAGAAGCUAUUGGAGCCGAAAAUGUAGGGUUCACUCAAAUGGAUAAUGAUAACUCUGUAAAUGGUAAAAGAGCCAAAUAUUUGAAUGGAAGGGAUGCUCAAACUUUAAUGGAAGAAUUAGAAAAGAAGUGUAAUGAGGAUCCAUCAUUUUUCUCUUCUAUUCAAAUUCAUGAAACAGGUCAAGUGGCUAAUUUUUUUUGGGCAGAUGGUCGAUCAAUUCUUGAUUAUGCACAUUUUGGUGAUGUUGUAUGUUUCGACCCCACCUUUCAAACUAACAAGUAUGACAUGUCGUUUGCACCUAUUCUUGGCGUGAAUAAUCAUAAGCAAACGAUUAUAUUUGGAGCAGCAUUAUUGUGUGAUGAGACGACCGAAUCCUUUAUAUGGUUUCUCCAAACAUUUCUUAAGUGUAUGUCCAACAAACAUCCUAUUACAAUAUUCACAAAUCAAUGCAAAGGCAUGUGCAAAGCAAUCGCAACGGUCCUCCCAAAUACUAAACAUAGGUUGUGUAUUUGGCAUAUUUUUCAAAAUGCCAACAUCAACCUUGGUCACAUCAUCAGCAAUCAUCCAAAAUUCUCUAUGGCAUUGAAGGAUUGCAUCUAUGAAGCUCGAUCGGUCAAGAAAUUGGAGGAAAAAUGGCUUGCUAUGUUGAAGGAUUAUGACCUUGAGGGAGAUCUAUGGUUGGAAAACUUAUAUGCUAUUCGUGAAAGAUGGUCCGAAGUACACUGCCAUGAAUCAUUUUGUGCUGAAAUUACGAGCACACAAAGUUGCGAGAGCUUGAAUAAUCAUUUGAAGAAUACAUUUAGCAAGAAAUUAUCUCUUGGAGAGUUUAUGAAAGAAUAUGAACGAUCUAUCAAGCGUCUCCGAGAGAAAGAGUUGAGUGAAGAUUUCAAGUCAAGGCAAUCUAAGCCGAUCCCAUUUUUGACGAAUGUGCCCAUUUUGAUCACCGCGGCUAAUGCUUACACAUUGACUAUGUUCAGGGAUUUUGAGGUUGAAUGUAAAAAAUUGGCAUAUUCAAGUUGUGAAUUGUUGGACUCAGAAGGAUUGCUGAAAACAUACAGAGUAUGUGAGUUUGGAUCUGAGGACGGGGGUGUUGUCACAUUCAAUUUGGAAGAUCAUAGUGUGUCAUGCUCAUGUAGAAAUUUCGAAUAUGCCGGUUUUUUAUGUUCACAUGCUUUAAAGAUAUUACAUGAAAACAAAAUAUACGAUCUUCAGAACCGCUACAUACUAAAGAGAUGGACUAACUAUGCUAAAGAAGGUAGUACAAUCGCCUGCCAACCUAUGGAUAGUAUGAAUGGUUUGGAGACCCUUCCAUCACUUUAUACCAGAGUUUCUCGAAAGGCCCUUACCAUUGCUGUUAAGAGCUCUGCUUGUAGAGAGGCACUUCUUUAUUUGGAGGAGAAUCUCAAUAAGAUAGAAAAAGGAUCUGAGGAAAUUAUACAAAAAGCCAGGUUAAAUGAGUAUAAAGAAUAUUCUUGAGAGAAGAAGAGAAAAAAAAACCCGAGAAGCAUUUAAAUGAAAAUGGGAUGGAGGGAGCAAGUCAACAAUCACUACCACAACUAUAGUAGUAGGACAAUCGCUUCUUCUCAGGAUUCAAUGAACCUCCAAUUCAACCGCUGGAGGUUUCACUCAAUUUUUGCUCAAUUUCUCACUCAAGCAAUGCCGGAUCGUUUGGAAUGCGAUUUCGGGGAGGGCGGGCGGGCGUGGUGUCAAGCAAAAAGUGCCCCUCACAAUCAACACUUUCCCUAAAUUGAAUUUGAAUUCAAAUCUUGUAUUAGUGUAUCAGUUUUUUAGUAUUUGAAUGCUUUUUUACUUGAUUUUACUAAUCUAUAUCAAAUGUUACAACAUACAACCUUUUUUUCUUCUUUUAGUUAAGAAAACCACGCGCCCCUUGUAUCUGACCAUGUAUUAUUGUAAAAUAAAUCGUAGUUGUCUUUUUAUGUGUUAUAUAUGUAAUGUUCUAUUUGAGCCUUUUGAUGUA